AUGAGUGUACUAAUCGACAAGUUCCCAACACGAUCGCAGGAACUCUUGCAAUAUGUUAGUUUAAUUAGAUACGCAGCCCGUGUGCACAAAGGGUUAGGAUGGGCCAUUUAUGACUUUAAGUUUCGCCAGAAAGCUAGCGUCAAUAAGUCUAUUAAUUGGUCAGUGGUUGACACUCAGCUUUGGUUAACCAUUUUCACCGUGUCACCAGCGAUACUCAAAGAAGAGUAUCCGCUUUUUUCAAAUGGACCCCAGCGAAAUGUGUCUACAACAGGGGAUGCGAACAGAGGCACAUGCAACUUUUACAAUAGGAGUGGCACAUGUAAUAGAGACCCCUGCUAUUUCAGACAUGUGUGUAACAGAUGUAGUGGAUUACACCCAAGGGUUGACUGCCCGGCCCACCCUGUGCGGCAACCAGAGCGGGAAGGGGAGGCAUAGAGAAAGUGACCAUGGUGGAAGCUCAAAGUCAAGUUCCUCUCAUCGAAAGUGAGAACACUACUUGCCCCUCCCGACCCCUAUUAAUGUACAACGACUUGAGGAAACAUUGACUCAUCAUCCUGAUCGGGAAUUUGUCUCGAAAUUGUGUAACAAUCUUAGGUAUGGGGCCGAUGUGGGUUUUACUGGGAGACGUGUUGCUAGAUUUUCUAGGAAUCUGCCCACUGCCCUUUCCCAACCAAAUAUUGUUUCAGAAAACCUUUCCAGGAAGUGGCCCUGGGGCGAGUUGCAGGUCCUUUCCCCACCCCACCACUGCCCAAUUUCCAGGUGUCACCCAUCGGAUUGGUCCCCAAAAAACAUUCUACGAAGUUUAGGACCAUCUUUCACUUAUCUUUCCCAAAAUCUGGAGCGACAAGUAUCAACUCUUCAAUCCCCAAGGAGGAUUUCAGCCUUCAGUAUAUAACAAUCGACAAUGCAAUCCACGGGAUUUUGAGCCUCGGGCAAGGGUGCUUUCUUGCGAAGACCGAUAUCGAGUCAGCGUUUCGCCUCAUCCCUCUUAGGCCUUCAGAUUAUGAGCUCUUCGGCAUGUAUUGGGAGGGUAGCUACUACUAUGACAAAGUUCUUCCCUUUGGCUUGAGGAGUGCCCUUUCCUGUUCAAUUUACUGUCCGAUGCAAUAGAGUGGAUCCUCCUCAAUCAAUGCCAGGUUUCGUUUGUUUGUCAUAUCCUCGAUGAUUUUUAAUCAUCGAACCAGCAUUAUCCUCUCCCCUCUAAAUUUGCUAUGCCAGCAGAGCUUGAAUAGCAUGCUCUUGACCUUUAGGAAUCUGGGUAUCCCCAUUGCAGCCAACAAAACAGAGGGCCCUCUACUACCCUUGAGUUCAUGGGAAUUAUCCUGGACACCGUCCGGAUGGAGGCGAGACUCCCAGCAGAUAAGGUGGAACGGAUACAGGCCCCCCUUGCCCUCUUUCAAACAAAAGGACAUGCACCCUAAAGGAGUUACAGUCACUCAUUGGGACUUUAAACUUUGCAUGCAAAGUUAUUCCCCUGGGAGGCCCUUUCUUCAGCGCAUGAUUGAGCUCACUCGUAAAGUCGCUAAACCUCACCACCACAUUAAAUUAAGCCAGGGUUUCUUCAAGGAUCUCACUAUGUGGCAACAGUUUAUCCACACCUGGAAUGGGGCCGGGUUUUUCCUCCCUACUUCAUGGCUAGACUCCGACUCCUUAGAACUCCAUACCGAUGCCUCAGGCACACUUGGGUACGGUGGGAUAUUAGGUCAGAAAUGGUUUCAGGGUAGGUGGGAGACUCACCACCUGCUCAAUGCUCCUGGUAUAAGCAUUGCCUGGCAAGAGUUAUUUGCUUUGGUGGUAGCAUGCCACCUAUGGGGGGAUGAGUUUGCCAAUAAGCGUAUCGUUUUCUAUUGCGACAACCAAUCGGUUGUCAAUAUAGUAAACUCCAAACGAUCCCACAUUCCUAGGGUUAUGGAUCUGGUUCGCCAUUUUACCCUCUUGACUUUAAGACAUAACUUCUAUCCAAGGGCGGAACAUAUUGAAGGCAAGAAAAAUGACAUCGCGGAUUCCCUCUCUCGAUUUCAGAUGGAGCGUUUUCGCAGCCUGGCCCCUCAUGCAGACCCAGCCCCAUGUCCUGUACCCCCGACAAUGUUGGUGAUCUGAAUGCCGACAUCCAGAAGUACUUACGUCUCUCUGUUGCUGCCUCUACUAAACAAACAUAUACCUCUGGUGAACGUAGAUUUUUGGACUUUUGCACCCUCCACAGCCCACACAGGUCAACUUAUUUGCCCACCAAUGAAGAGACUCUAAUUCAGUAUGUUGCAUAUUUAGCCAAAACAAUUAAACACUCAUCCAUCAAGGGUUACCUGGCUGCAGUUAGACACCUGCAUAUCCGCUCAGGCUAUGACCUGGACCUUAAGAAAUUCUUGCGCCUGCAGUUGAUUUGCCGCGGCAUCAAGCGUUCCCAGGGCGAUUCUACCCGCAUUCGACUCCCUAUUACAAUAAACCACCUCAAAUUGUUCUUCCAACUUCUUGCAAUCCCAACCUCCCCCUAGUUAUGACUCCAUUAUGGUAUGGGCAGCCAUGACCUUAGCCUUUUUUGGUUUCCUCCGCCUGGGAGAAAUGACCUGCAACUCACCCUAUUCAUCUACACGCCACUUGUCUCCAGGGGAUGUGACCUUUUUCCCCAGUAUUCAGAACCCUGACCAUAUGUCAGUUAGGAUAAAAAUAUCCAAAACUGACCCAUUUCGUUCGGGUCAGACUAUUGUUAUUGGAAAGACUGACCAGAGGGUCUGCCCUGUUUUGGCUAUGACAAAUUAUUUGUCCUACCGGGGGUCCACACUAGGCCCACUUUUUCAGUACUUGUCGGGUGCUCCCCUCACAAAAGCGGGACUUACCUCCGAAACUAGGCAGCUUCUCUCUAUGUCAGGUUUUCAGCCCUCUCAGUAUGCGGGACAUAGCUACCGAAUUGGGGCUGCCACAACCUCGGCUUCUGUGGGCCUACCCCCUUGGCUAAUAAAAACACUGGGGCGGUGGUCCUCUGACUGCUAUGAAAGAUAUGUUCAGUGCCCACCUUCCCUUCUUUCUGGGGUUUCCUGUCAGCUGUUAGGUGAUACCUUAAAUUAG